AAACAACCAUAAUAACACUUUCAGGUAAGUCCAGAAUUAUAUGGAGACAGCAAUCCUAGGUUCUUCACUUACUGGACAACAGAUGGUUUGGAAUAGCAAACAAUUUGAUAUUGGCCUAAUGGUUUGGAAGGACCCAAGACAUGGACACUGGUGGCUGGAAUUUGGUUCAGGAUUAUUAGUUGGUUACUGGCCAGCAACCAUGUUUAGCCACUUAAGAAGCCAUGCAAGCAUGGUUCAAUUUGGUGGAGAAAUUGUGAACUCUCGUUCAAGGGGUUACCACACUGGAACUCAGAUGGGGAGUGGCCACUUUGCUGGUGAAGGUUUUAGAAAAGCAGCAUAUUUUAGGAACUUGCAAAUUGUUGAUUGGGAUAACAACUUGCUACCUCUCUCAAACAUUCACCAAUUAGCAGAUCAUUCUAAUUGCUAUGACAUUAGGCAAGGAAGCAACAAUGUUUGGGGACAUUACUUUUACUAUGGAGGUCCCGGACGAAAUGUCCGAUGUCCUUGAAACAUAUACAAAUGUCGAAUUUAUAUGCAUUUACAUCGCGUUUGGUAACUGUCCUGUGAUAUAAUACGUAGACGUUGAAACAGUAGAGAUAGAGAAAAAGAUGGAGACUCAUAUGCAGUUGUCUUCAUAUAAAGUCGAUAAUUGAAAAUCGUCAAAUGAAAAUUUAGUAUCAAUCUCACAUGAAGACAACUGUUUAUGAGUUUUUCUUCCUAGAGAAAAUUUGUUCUUUUCUUAAAUAUGUGUAUUUCACAACGCUUCUGUAUUAUUGCUUUGAGACUGUCGCUAAACGUAGGUUUAUAUGAUAAAAUAGCUUUACACUAUCAAAUUAUAAUGGUUUGUUGCAAAUUCUGUAGAUUAAUUGAUAGUGUAAAAUUAUUUUUGAU